AUGUUACAUGAUGUUGAUCCACCGCGUACACACUGGCAAUUAAAAAGUCCAAUACAUGCACAUUAUAUUAAUACAUUACUUAAAUAUUAUCCACAAGCGUCAAUUAUCAUGCCUCAUCGUUGUCUUAACGAAGUUAUACCUUCAGCAUGUAGUCUGUUUCUUUCUCUAUUAAGCCAUUAUUUCAAUGAAGAUGACAUCCCUAAUUUGAAAAUAAUAUUAGGACAAAUGAUACCAAAAUUCAUCGAUAUUAGGAUAGAUUGUAUUUUCGAAUUCAACAGUCGAGAAUCAUCUCGAAAAAAUGUUUUCAAUAUUCAAUAUAAAGAUUUAAUAAAAGAUCCAAUCGGUACUGUACAUCGUAUUUAUGAUCAUUUUCACUUUUUACAAUGGUCUAAUGAAUUUGAAAAAGCGAUGUGUCUAUGGUUAAUCGAGAAUCCUAAAGGAAAAUAA